UCAGCCCGACGAUCGCCAAUGAAGAGGGGUCUCGCAGUUGUUGUUUCUUCCUCUAUAGAACUGUCCCUUUGAGCGGUCAGUCGAGAUUCUGCAGUUGCCUGUCACCCCGCGUUCUCCUCAUUUCCCCUACGAGUCUCAUCUGUUACCUGCUCGAUCCAUGGAACCCUUGUCUCACCAGUAUAAUUCGGCAAUCGCAGACCACGAGCGCUCAGUUAGAACUUUGAACUGGUUGAAGCAACUUCAGGGAACGAGCCCCCAGAAAUACCAAACGAAAUGCAAGGAAUGUUCCUCAUGCCUCCAAUCGAAAUGAAAGCGAAAUUAGUUAUACUCUCUGUGGGAGCUCUGAUGAUGGUUUUUCUGGUGGAUUUCGCAGAAAGCAGACGUCUGAGUCAGCUGCCUGAAAGUGAGUGCGAUUUUGACUUUAAGGAACAGCCGGAGGAUUUCUAUGGCAUACUGGAUUCUCCACAGGUGCCGUCAAAGGAGCCAACGGAUGACAGCCAUCAACUGAGGGCAGACAGACAAUAUUCGGGGAGACGCCGGAAGCAGUCCCAUAAAUCGCGGAACAAAUCCGGGCUGAGAUUACUCCCUCCACUUCUAUGGACCGACGAUGCCGUAGAUGUCCUGCAGCACAGUCACUUGCCCGUUAAGAAUCCGAGUUCAGAAGAGAAACCCAUCCUAAGGCGACGAAGAGCUGUAACAGUGAGAAAAGAGCGAACAUGGGACUAUGGAGUCAUACCCUAUGAGAUCGAUGGCAUCUUUAGUGGAGCCCACAAGGCCCUUUUCAAGCAAGCAAUGCGUCAUUGGGAAAACUUCACCUGCAUUAAGUUCGUGGAACGUGAUGCCAAUUUGCAUGCGAACUACAUAUACUUUACGGUCAAAAAUUGCGGUUGUUGUUCGUUUUUGGGGAAAAGUGGUAAUGGGCGCCAGCCUAUUUCCAUAGGACGUAAUUGCGAAAAGUUUGGCAUUAUAAUCCAUGAACUUGGCCAUACAAUAGGCUUCCAUCAUGAACAUGCCCGUGGUGAUAGGGACAAGCACAUCAUUAUCAACAAGGCGAAUAUCAUGAGGGGACAAGAGUACAACUUCGAUGUCCUGUCACCGGAGGAGGUGGACUUGCCCCUGUUGCCCUACGAUCUUAACUCCAUUAUGCAUUAUGCAAAGAACUCCUUUUCGAAGAGUCCUUAUUUGGAUACCAUCACACCAAUCGGAAUUCCCCCGGGAACCCAUUUAGAACUGGGUCAGCGAAAGCGUCUCAGUGAAGGGGAUAUUGUCCAGGCCAAUCUUCUUUAUAAAUGCGCCGCAUGUGGACGCACUUAUCAGCAAAACUCUGGCCAUAUAAUAAGCCCACACUUUGUGUAUUCGGGAAAUGGGGUGCUCAGCGAAUUUGAAGGCAGUGGAGGUGCUGAGGAGGAUUCCUCCCCAGGCUCCGAAUUCGAUGCUUCUCUUACCAACUGUGAGUGGCGGAUAACAGCUACUAACGGAGAAAAGGUCAUUCUGCAUCUGCAGCAGCUGCAUCUGAUGAGCUCCGACGACUGUUCGCAGGAUUACCUAGAGAUCAGGGACGGUUACUGGCACCGAUCGCCUCUGGUAAAACGCCUUUGCGGGAAUGUCACCGGGGAGAUAAUCACCACCCAGACAAGUCGCAUGCUUCUUAACUAUGUGAACCGAAACGCAGCCAAAGGUUACCGAGGGUUUAAGGCGAAAUAUGAGGUUGUCUGUGGUGGUGACAUUCAGUUGGCCAAGGAUCAGUCCAUAGACUCCCCAAACUAUCCUCUGGAUUACAUGCCCGACAAGGAGUGCGUAUGGCGCAUAACAGCUCCGGAUAACCAUCAGGUGGCAUUGAAGUUCCAGAGUUUCGAGCUGGAAAAGCACGAUGGUUGUGCCUACGACUUUGUGGAGAUACGUGAUGGCAACAACAGUGACUCCCGGCUCAUGGGACGCUUCUGUGGGGACAAGUUGCCGCCCAACAUAAAAACCCGCAGCAAUCAAAUGUAUAUUCGUUUUGUAUCCGACUCAUCGGUGCAAAAGCUGGGCUUCUCCGCCGCCUUACUUAUGGAUGUAGAUGAGUGUAAGUUCACAGAUCAUGGAUGUCACCACUUGUGCAUCAAUACCUUGGGCAGUUACCAAUGUGGCUGCCGAGCGGGAUACGAGUUGCAGGCCAAUGGCAAGACUUGCGAGGAUGCUUGUGGUGGAGUUGUGGAUGCCACGAAGUCUAAUGGUUCCCUCUACUCACCCUCGUAUCCAGAUGUCUAUCCCAACUCCAAGCAAUGUGUUUGGGAGGUUGUAGCACCGCCGAAUCACGCUGUGUUCUUGAAUUUCACCCACUUUGACUUGGAAGGCACCCGUUUUCAUUAUACCAAGUGCAACUAUGAUUAUCUGAUUAUCUACUCCAAAAUGAGAGAUAAUCGUCUGAAGAAAAUUGGUAUUUAUUGUGGGCAUGAACUGCCUCCGGUGGUGAAUUCUGAGCAGACUGUUCUUAGGCUGGAAUUCUACUCAGAUCGCACGGUUCAGAGGAGUGGUUUUGUGGCCAAGUUUGUGAUAGACUUAGAUGAAUGCUCUAUAAACAAUGGUGGGUGCCAGCACAGAUGCCGAAAUACCUUUGGAUCCUAUCAGUGCAGCUGCCGGAAUGGAUACACUCUGGCAGAGAAUGGACACAAUUGUACGGAAACCCGUUGCAAGUUCGAGAUCACCACGUCUUAUGGAGUCUUGCAGAGUCCCAAUUAUCCGGAGGAUUAUCCCCGUAACAUCUACUGUUAUUGGCACUUUCAAACCGUAUUGGGCCACAGGAUUCAGUUAACGUUCCAUGACUUUGAGGUUGAAAGCCACCAGGAGUGCAUCUACGAUUAUGUUGCCAUAUAUGAUGGUCGCUCCGAGAACAGUUCCACUUUAGGAAUCUAUUGCGGUGGACGUGAACCGUAUGCCGUUAUCGCCUCCACUAAUGAGAUGUUCAUGGUUCUGGCCACGGAUGCGGGUCUGCAGAGAAAGGGAUUCAAGGCCACCUUCGUUUCCGAGUGCGGUGGCUAUUUGAGAGCGACAAAUCAUUCCCAGACCUUCUACUCACAUCCACGGUAUGGAAGUACACCGUAUAAACGGAAUAUGUACUGCGACUGGCGCAUUCAGUCGGAUCCGGAGAGCAGCGUCAAGAUCCGAUUCCUGCACUUUGACAUUGAGUACUCGGAGCGGUGUGACUACGACUAUCUGGAGGUCACAGAAGAAGGUUAUUCCAUGAAUACAAUCCACGGGAGAUUUUGUGGGAAACACAAGCCACCAAUAAUAAUCUCGAAUUCGGACACUUUGCUGGUACGAUUCCAAACGGACGAAAGUAAUUCACUGAGGGGCUUUGCCAUCUCAUUCGUUGCUGUGGAUCCGCCGGAGGAUUCGGCUGGUGAGAAUUUCGAUUCAGUUACGCCCUUUCCGGGAUACCUCAAAAACAUGUAUUCCUCGGAGACGGGAAGUGAGAAUCUGCCGCACGCUCACCUCCUGCCACCAAGCAGGCUCCUCUAAGCAUGUCCUGCGGUUGGACUCAGUAUUUAAUGUUUGUUGUUGAAAUUUGUAAAUAUAUUGUGAUUAAAACUCAUUUCAAAAUAACUU